GCGGCCGGGCCGGGAAGCUGGGCGAGGGGGAAGAGGUGGCGCCCACGUUCUUCCAGGGACGCUUUCGUGGCGGAGGAAGUGGGUGUGAGCUUGGCCGCCCGGGGACCCCAGUGGCUGGGGUACGGGGUGAGGGUUCCGGAGAGUAUCCUGUAGCUCCGCCCCUAGAGGAGGGGGCUGAGAACCGGAGUUCGCCCACCCUGAAGUGGCCUGGUGACCGGGCUUGGGAAGUGGGAGACGGAGGGCCGGAGGCUGCUACCAUGAGGUUAAAUCAGAACGUCUCGCUCCUGGGGAAGAAGGUGGUGCUGGUACCCUACACCGCAGAGCAUGUGCCCAGGUACCACGAGUGGAUGAAAUCAGAGGAGCUGCAGCGUUUGACAGCCUCCGAGCCGCUGACCCUGGAGCAGGAGUAUGCGAUGCAGCGCAGCUGGCGGGAAGAUGCGGACAAGUGCACCUUCAUCGUGCUGGAUGCAGCCAAGUGGCAGGCCCAGCCAGGCAGCACCGAAGAGAGCUGCAUGGCGGGAGACGUGAACCUCUUCCUCACAGAUCUCGGGGACCCCACUCUGGGGGAGAUUGAGGUCAUGAUUGCAGAGCCCAGCUGCAGGGGCCAGGGCUUCGGCACCGAGGCCGCGCUCAUGAUGAUGUCCUAUGGAGUGACCAAGCUAGGUCUGACCAAGUUUGAGGCUAAAAUUGGGCAAGGAAAUGAACCGAGCAUCCGGAUGUUCCAGAAGCUUCACUUUGAGCAGGUGGCUGUGAGCAGCGUCUUCCAGGAGGUGACACUCAGGCUGAUGAUGAGUGAGCCGGAGCGGCAGUGGCUUCUGGAGCAGACCAGCCACGUGGAAGAGCAGCCCUAUAGAGAUGGGUCCUAGGAGCCGGCUGAGAGCCCUGCACCAGGAAGUGAAUGGACUGGCCGGCCUUCUCUGGGCUGGGGAUCUCUCAGGGGCCUUCAGACUCGGGGCAGGACUUGCCUUGACCUCCACCCUCAGACUGGCAGUGGGCCUGAGCGACUCCAGGAGCCCCUCCUCCCGGCCAAACCUGCACUUAAGACUCUGAGAACCUGGGGUGUCCGGCAUGAGUCCACAGGAAGCGGCGCGGCAGAGCAGAGCUGGAGAUAACGGGGGUUGGGGAGGAGCCUGGUGAACAGGCUGGACUUCCCUUUUCCUGGAAGGCCAGCGGUGCCACUCUGGGCCACGGCCCUGGCCUGAGUAAAGUGCACUGCACAGCCAGCUUUCCGUGCCUCACUGCCCGCAGCCUGUCAGGCCACCUGCAGCAUCUGUCCCGUCCGGCGUGGGAGCGACGGGGCAGCUCAGUCCUGUCAUCCUGUGCAAGCAGGUUGGGUGUGGCCCUGAGAAGUUAGGAAACCAAUGAGGGUGGCCCUGUAGGAGGCCUAGAAAAUGGGUGAGAAUCCUUGCUCCCCUUCUCUUUGGAGCCAGUUUUGAGUAAAUUAGUUCUGGGUACAGCUCCUUGUGGCUGGAGGGCACCCCUCUGCUGAGUUUGAGGCCUGAA